AUGAUCAAUAGUACAUUGGUUCGCCUGAAGAAGACCAUCUACUGGAAACGCAUUUCCAAAGUCAAGAACAUGGCGUGGUACUCACUUCUCCCGGAUUCAAUGAGUACAUGGGAAACAUGGAUCAUUAGAGUAUUUAUCUUUCUCGGCGUCUUAACGAUCGGACCUUGGGCAGGUCUCGUCAUCUUUGACAUUGUAUAUUACUUCGCUCGCGUUAUCGUAUAUGAAUUCCCUUUCAUCGGAGGACGAGCAAACGGAGAGCGCAAACCACGCGCGCCGACAUUGACAGAGCGACCGAGCGGGCGGCGGCGGGCUUUUAGUCUUCGAGGAGAGGAAGUGGCUGGCAAAGGAAGUCAUUCAACCACACUGGAGAAGGAGCUUAUGAUGAGGAGGCUUGUGCAGACGGAGAAUGAAAAGACCUAG